AUGACGAACAAGACCGUUCAGAGGGUCAAGGAGGCCGUGAUCCUCAAGUCUGACGAGUCGCGGCACGAGGAGGUCAGCGCCUGGUCGAACAGAGACUUGAUCCCGUUGCCACCGUCUCGUCGCACCUGGGGCUGGUUCAACUUCUUUGGUUCCUGGUCAUUGUCUUCACUCAACGUAGCAACAUGGCAGACCCCGAACACGUUCUUGACGCAAGGCCUCUCGGUCGGCCAGGCCAUGGCCGUCAUUGUCGUCUCCCGAGCUCUUUGCUGCUUGUUCGCGAUUCUUGUUGCUUGGUGUGGUCUGACUUGGCACAUUGGAUUCACGGUGCAGAACCGGUACACGUGGGGCUUCCGGGCGAGUUAUAUCCCGUUGAUGCAGCGUAUUCUGCUCAAUUUCAUCUGGAACGCACUGCAAUGUUGGAAUGGCGGCAAACUUGUAACCGUUUGUAUCACCGCCAUCUGGCCCUCCUUCGCAAAGAUUCCGAACACCCUCAGCGCCAGCACCCCGACGACAACCUAUGAGCUCAUCGGCUUCAUCGUGUUCUGGGUCGUGUCCAUCCCGUUCCUCUUCAUCCGACCCGAGCGCUUCAAGAAGCCCUUCUUCAUCUCAUCCGUGGCUUGCGGUGCCGGUAUGAUCGCCCUGCUCAUCUGGUCGCUCACCGUCGCAAAGGGUGUCGGUCCCAUAUUCUACCAAGGCCAGAGUGUCUCUACCAGCUCACGCUGGAGCGUCUCGUGGCUCAUGAUGGCGGGCAUCAACCAAGCCAUCGGUCAAAAGGCUGCCGGCAUGACGAACAGCAGCGACUUCUCGCGUUACGCAAAGGACAAGAAGGGUUACAUCAUCGGCACGGUGUCCGUCUACUGGAUCACGGGCGUGCUAGUCUGCCUUGGCGGCUUGGUCACCACCGCAGCCUGCCAGAAGAUCUACGGCACCAUUUACUGGAACCCUCCCGACCUGUUGAUGGUCAUGAUGGAUCACGGCGAAGGCUCCUCCGCCGCCCGCGCCGCAGUCUUCUUCCUCGCCCUCGCCUUCGCCUUCACCUCCAUGUUCGAAAACGUUUGCUCCAACGCCGUCGCCGGCGGCAUCGACCUCGCCGGCCUCUUCCCGCGCUACAUCGACAUCCGCCGCGGCGCCCUCCUCACCUUCUUCGCCGCCUGGAUCAUCCAGCCCUGGCAGCUCAUCAACCAGGCCGCGACCUUCGUCGCGGUGCUCAACUCCUUCGCCGUCUUCCUCGCGCCCAUCAUGGGCGUCAUGGUCUGCGACUUCUUCGUCCUGCGCGCGCGCAAGGUCAAGCUGUCGCACCUGUUCCACCCGCAGGGCUCCGACUACUGGUAUUGGCACGGCGUCAACUGGCGCGUGAUCCCGUGCUGGAUCGCGGGGUGGGCGCCCACGAUCGGGGGCCUGAUUGUGAGUGCGGAGAAGGACGAGAGCGCGCCUGAUGCGGUAUAUGAGUUGUACUACAUUGCGUUCUUCGUGGGGUUCUUCAUCUCUUUUGUGCUGUUUUACCUGGCUAAUCUCGUGUUCCCAUUGCCGAAUUUGGGCGAGUUUGAUGAGGAGGACAAGUAUGGGACGUUCACUGCGGAGGAGGCGGCUAAGUUGAGUGUUGUGCCGACUGACUCUGCCACCGCUACUGGGUUUGGCAAGGAGGAGGGGAUCGACACUCAAGUGAAUGAGAUUUCGGAUGAGGGCUCAGCUGGGGAGAGAAAGUGGUGGAACUUCAGACGCCGGUGA